AUGCCCCUCCCCGCCCGCACAGCUACGCUCUCUCGAGACACCAACGAGACCAAAAUCCAGGUCUCUCUCUCUUUAGACGGCGGCGUCCUACCUCCAUUUGAGCCAUCCAAGCACUUCCCACCACCCUCCGACCCCCAGGAAGCCGAAGCCGCAAAGAAGGGCAUCGUCCCGUUCAAGGAUGCCGCACAUGCCACCCAAUUCACUGCCACGCAACAGAUCACCAUCAGCACGGGCAUUGGGUUCCUAGACCACAUGCUGCACGCACUUGCGAAACAUUCGGGAUGGAGUUUGGCUAUCAGAGCUAAGGGGGAUCUGUACAUUGACGACCACCACACAACGGAAGAUACCUUCCUCGCCCUCGGCUCUUCGUUCACUGCCGCUCUCGGAGCCCGUCAGUCUAUCGCACGGUUCGGCCGCGGUGAUGCCCCUCUCGACGAAGCCCUCUCAUGGGCCGUCAUCGACCUGUCCAGCCGGCCGUGGGCUGUCAUCAACAUUGGUUUCAAGCGCGAGAAGAUCGGCGACCUGAGCACGGAGAUGAUCACGCACGGUCUGCAGAGCUUUGCACAGGCCGCGGGCGUAACUCUCCACGUUGGCUGCACAUACGGUGACAACGACCACCACCGGGCUGAGAGUGCGUUCAAGGCGCUGGCCGUUGCUGUCCGGACAGCUUGUGCCCGGAGAGUAGAGGGAGAGGUCGGUGCGGGAGACAUCGUUAGCACAAAGGGUGUGCUAUGA